CGCGGGCGCCCGGACUAUUUCUGUCUUAUCGGCGCAGGAAUGCGGCAGCGGCGGCGGCGCACGGGCGGCGUGGCCGUGGGCCGUCAGGGCAGCCCUGAAGGGGCCCUCCCCGCCCGGCUCGAGUAGAAGUGUGAGCGCCCAGCAGGACUCGGAGGGAGAGUUGGAGGAAAAAAGGCAGAAAGGGGAAAGAAAGAGGAAGAGAGAGUGAGUGAGCUCCGCCGCGGAGCCCACCCCGAUGGCCGCGGACGAAGUUACCGGAGGGGCGCGCAAAGCCACGAAAAGCAAACUUUUUGAGUUUCUAGUCCAUGGGGUGCGCCCCGGGAUGCCGUCCGGAGCCCGGAUGCCCCACCAGGGGGCGCCCAUGGGCCCCCCGGGCUCCCCGUACAUGGGCAGCCCCGCCGUGCGCCCCGGCCUGGCCCCCGCGGGCAUGGAGCCCGCCCGCAAGCGAGCAGCGCCCCCGCCCGGGCAGAGCCAGGCGCAAAGCCAGGGCCAGCCUGUGCCCACGGCGCCCGCGCGGAGCCGCAGUGCCAAGAGGAGGAAGAUGGCUGACAAAAUCCUCCCUCAAAGGAUUCGGGAGCUGGUCCCAGAGUCCCAGGCAUACAUGGACCUCCUAGCAUUUGAGAGGAAACUGGAUCAGACCAUCAUGCGGAAGCGGGUGGACAUCCAGGAGGCUCUGAAGAGGCCAAUGAAGCAAAAGCGGAAGCUGCGUCUUUAUAUCUCCAAUACUUUUAACCCCGCGAAACCUGAUGCUGAGGAUUCAGACGGCAGCAUUGCCUCCUGGGAGCUGCGGGUGGAGGGGAAGCUCCUGGAUGACGUACGUCCUGGCCCAGGUCUCUCCAGGUGUCCUGGGCCCAGCAAGCAGAAGCGGAAGUUCUCUUCCUUCUUCAAGAGUUUGGUCAUUGAGCUGGACAAAGACCUCUAUGGUCCUGACAACCACCUAGUUGAGUGGCACCGGACACCCACCACCCAGGAGACAGAUGGGUUCCAGGUGAAGCGGCCGGGGGACCUGAGCGUGCGCUGCACCCUGCUCCUCAUGCUGGACUACCAGCCUCCCCAGUUCAAGUUGGACCCCCGCCUGGCCCGGCUGCUGGGACUGCACACACAGAGCCGUUCAGCCAUCGUCCAGGCCCUGUGGCAGUAUGUGAAGACCAACAGGCUGCAGGACUCCCACGACAAGGAAUACAUCAAUGGAGACAAGUAUUUCCAGCAGAUUUUUGAUUGUCCCCGACUGAAGUUUUCUGAGAUUCCCCAGCGCCUCACAGCUCUGCUGUUGCCUCCUGACCCAAUUGUCAUCAACCAUGUCAUCAGUGUGGACCCAUCAGACCAGAAGAAGACGGCAUGCUAUGACAUUGAUGUGGAGGUGGAGGAGCCACUGAAGGGGCAGAUGAGCAGCUUCCUCCUGUCCACGGCCAAUCAGCAGGAAAUCAGUGCUCUGGACAGUAAGAUCCAUGAGACAAUUGAGUCCAUAAACCAGCUCAAGAUCCAGAGGGACUUCAUGCUAAGCUUCUCCAGGGACCCCAAAGGCUAUGUCCAAGACCUGCUCCGCUCCCAGAGCCGGGACCUCAAGGUGAUGACAGAUGUAACAGGCAACCCUGAAGAGGAACGCCGGGCUGAGUUCUACCAUCAGCCCUGGUCCCAGGAAGCAGUCAGCCGCUACUUCUACUGCAAGGUAGGGCAGACUCUCGUACCCCAGACUCGCUCUCUCCUCCACUACAGGAGAAACUGCCCUCCUCAGAUUUGCCAGUUGCCCUUGCCCACUCUGCAUGGUGACUUUCCCACCACACCCCCCUCCACCAGGGAGGAGCUCUCCCGAGGCAAGGGGUAGUCAGCAGGUGGGCUGGUUCUGCUCCCUCACCAGGAAUGCCAUAACCUGCUCCUACCCUUUCUCUAAAGAUCCAGCAGCGCAGGCAGGAACUGGAGCAGUCACUGGUUGUGCGCAACACCUAGGAGUCCCCUCUGAAUAAGCACCACUCUGGACCUUCAGGGCUGGGGCCUAUUCCCGACUCCUCUGACACCUCUGUGUGAGGCUGGGGCACUGGAUUAAAGGUCAUUCAUCUAAUA